ACACAUGAACAGAUCGGGGCUGCAGGAAACAUCUACAUACUGAAGGUGGAGCGCUCGCCACGAUGGACAGAGGCCUGGUACAGCUACUACUUGCCAUAGCACUUUACAGGAUACCAGUCUUGGGUUUUACUUUCGGUGACGGAUCCAAGCUGCGGACUGACCUCUUGGCCAACUACUCCUUGAAGGUUCGUCCUGAAGGAGUCACUGAUAUCGAUCUCGCCUUCAACAUCCUCACGGUCAACGAACUGGAGACCCGAACACAGACGUUUUCAGUGUCAGGCUACUUCACAGUGGUGUGGAACGACACCCGCCUGCAGUGGAACACUCAAGCAUACGACAACAUUACGUUUUUGUUCACCGAUGAAACUGAAAUAUGGCGACCCGCGCUCGUUGUGAAAAACGCAGUCGACGAUUUGGAUGUCAUCGCUAGCGACAACAUUCCAAUAAGAGUUAACAAUGGCGGCAACAUUUACUGGAAUCCACCCGGAAUUUACAAGACCCACUGCGACAUUGACAUCACUUACUACCCCUUCGACUCCCAGGAAUGUUCCGUGAUCGUGCAAAGCUGGGGCUACAACCUCCGGGAACUCGACCUAAAGAAACAUGCCGAUGGUGUGAUCACUUCUGAGUAUGAGAGGAAUGGGGAGUGGGGCUUAACAGAGGCUUUCAGCUUUAGACAGGAAAACGUGCGUAAGCUCAGCUCUGACUCCAACACGUAUGCCACGGUUGCCUUCAAAUUCCGUCUUCAGCGAAGACCUGGUUAUUAUGCAAUCAACAUAAUCCUGCCCGUGGUGGUUCUUUCCAUCCUGUCGGCCCUGGUGUUCGUCCUGCCCCCGGACAGCGGGGAGAAGAUGGGCUACUCUCUCACAGUGCUUCUCUCCUUUGCUGUCUUCCUGACCCUCAUCGCCGACCGCAUGCCCACCACCUCCCGCGACACAUCAUUCAUGGCUGUGUAUCUGGCGGUCAUCCUCUGUCUGGGAGCCCUGUCUGUUGUAUUGACCAUCGUCGUCCUGGAACUCAACUCCCGGGAGGGUGAGGUGCCGCCGUGGCUAGAGAAGACAACCAGAGUUGUGAUCAGGCCCUUCAUCUGUGUCCGGAGCUUCAACCGGAAGUCGAGGUCUGUGUCAGUCAGCAGCAACGGCACUAUGGCAGAUCACAAAUUCAAGGACAUUCAGAACAUCCAGGACAAAGUCCACCGGAGUGAUCCGACUGAUGCCGACGACGUGACGACUUCCCCGUCCACCAGCUCCCGUACGGACAUGACGUGGCAGGAUGUUGGCAGGGCGUUCGACGCGCUUUUCUUUCGGCUGUACUUUGGUACUGUAGCCACUUUCACCAUCGUGUUCCUAGUUGUACUGAGUUCGACAAUGACCGAUAGCAAGACAGAGAUUUAGUCACUCACCAACAUCCUCAGUAAUCAAGUGUGUUGUGUCUUCACUCUGUAGGCGAGUAUACCUUGGGCCAUCGGUGGGGAAGAUAUGUAGUGGUGAUUAGCCAGAUGUGUUUUCCAAUUGGUCCAAGGUACAUACCACAGUAGAAUGGAGAUAUCAAACACACAAUAAUCGAAGAUGAUAUCAAUGUACAUACUCCAAAAUAGAUGUAAGGAUUCAGCCUGGGGGUCGGGCAGGGCAGUCUUUGUGAGAAUAGGUUCAGGUGAAAUUAGGAGAUACACCUACUGGAAUUGUAGUUCUCGUGUAGAUGAGAUACCUACAACAUGUAUUGGGACCUACCACCUAAGAUUUAGUAAAUCUCUUGUCUCCCAGAACUACAAAGGUCAUCGAUCUUAGACAAGGGGUCACAGGUAGUGAUAAAUGUAACAAAUAUAUCAGCUAUGAUGAAGAUCGUACGUAUAUUCUUCUCAAAUUAAAAAAAAUGGUUACAAAGUUCCAUAGCGAGUCUCCGAGUCGCCAGUUUAGGUUGCUAUGGAAGAAUUCCGGAAUGCCCAGGGUGUCUUUAGAAAUAUAGAUGGCGUCGUACAAGAAGACCCUGGCCAUACAUGCAAGUAUACACAUUUCCCUCAACUUC